AUGAAGUCGAUUACUGUUUCUUGCCUCUUCGUUCUUACAAUUUCUGUCUUCUUAUCAUUUCCUCGAGCUCUUAGCCAUGGCGGCGAUAAUUAUGAAUCUAUUGCCACGUUGCAAUCGUGCUUAAUCCAUCGGAAAGUGAAUAAUUUUUACAUGUAUCCGACGGCGGGGAACGAUCCAGGCGGUUUUUAUUACAGCCUGCUGAAUUUCUCUAUCCAGAAUCUUCGAUUCGCCGGCGCCGCCGUGCCGAAGCCGGCGGCGAUCGUCUUGCCGGCGAGCACUGCGGAGGUCGCCGACAGCGUGCGGUGCUGCCGGAAAGAGGGGUUUGAAAUAAGAGUGAGAUCCGGCGGACAUAGCUACGAGGGCUCCUCGUACGUCUCCGGCGGCGCGGCGCCGUUUGUGGUGGUGGACUUGAUGCGGCUCGACCGGGUUCAUGUUGACGUGGCGGCGGCGACGGCGUGGGUCCAGGGCGGCGCUACGCUAGGCCAGGUGUACUACGCUAUCACGGAGGCGAGCGGCGGCGCGCUAGGAUUCUCCGCCGGAUCGUGCCCCACCGUCGGCGCAGGCGGCCACAUCGCCGGCGGCGGAUUCGGACUACUAUCUCGGAAGCACGGCCUGGCGGCGGACAACGUGGUGGACGCGCAUCUCGUCGUCGCCGGCGGCGCAGUCCUCGACCGCGCCGCCAUGGGGGAGGAGGUCUUCUGGGCCAUCCGCGGCGGCGGCGGCGGCGUCUGGGGAGUCGUCGCCGCCUGGAAAAUCCGGCUACACCCCGUCCCGCCAACGGUCACCGCCUUCAUCGCAUCCCGACACGGCGGAGAUCACGUGACCAAUUUGGUGGACACGUGGCAGCACGUGGCGCCAAAAUUACCCGACGAGUUUUACCUCUCGGUAUUCGUCGGCGCCGGCUUGCCGGAAUAUCCGAAUUCCGGCGGAAUCUCGGCGACAUUCAAAGGCUUCUUUUUAGGACCCAAAUCACAAACCAUCAAAACAUUACAAAAAUUCUUCCCACAGUUAAAAAUCAAAAUCGAAAACUGCCAAGAAAUGACGUGGAUCGAAUCAAUACUGUAUUUUUCAGGUCUUAAAAACGGGACACAAAUCGAAGGUCUAAAAGACAGAUUCUUACACAACAAGAACUACUUCAAAGCAAAAUCGGACUACGUAAGAAACCCGAUAACCCGACAAGGAAUUCGGACCCUAAUCGGGGCCCUGGAGAAGCAGCCAAAAGGGUAUGUAAUUAUGGAUCCGUACGGGGGCAAAAUGGGAAGAAUAAAAAAAGAUUCCAUAGCCUUUCCACAUAGGGAAGGGAAUCUUUUUACAGUGCAGUAUUUGGUGGAUUGGGAGGAGGACGAGGAUGUGAGAAGGGAGGAGUAUAUGGAGUGGAUAAGGGGAGUGUACGGUGAGAUGGAGGGACACGUGUCGGCAGAUCCGAGGGCGGCGUAUGUGAACUACGUGGACUAUGAUCUGGGAGUGAUGGGGGAUGGACACGUGGACGGUGGAGAUGAGGUGGAGAGGGCUAGGGUUUGGGGGGAGAAGUAUUUUUUGGAGAAUUAUGAAAGGCUGGUUAGGGCAAAGACUAUGAUUGAUCCUAUGAAUGUUUUUAGGAAUCAGCAAGGGAUUCCUCCUUUAGGGGAAUCAAUUGGCAGUCGGGCCAAAAGAGCGGAAGGUCUGUGGUCGGCUCAAAGAGUGAAAUAUAGGGAUAAUUUUGGUCUGCUGGGGACGCGUGUCAGCAUGAGAAGGGUUGGAAGACGGUUGGGAAGGAGACGUUGUAACCGUUCGGGUGACGGUUUUCGGUACGGUUUC